AUGAGCGAGCCGGCGGAGUCUCCGCGCAGCCCGGGCGCGGGCGCCCCUGCACCGCACACCGCGUCGAGCGACCCGCGCGCGCAGGACAACGUGGUCGCGGGCUGCCUCGAGCGCGGGAACGCAGCUCGCGAGGCCGGCAGCUUCAACGAGGCCAUCAGGGCGUACAGCGACGCGAUGGAGUAUGCCACGGGCCAGGAGUCGAUAGAGGUGCUGCGACUGCGUGGGUCGUGCUGGACGGCGCUCGCGCGCAAGAUCAAGUCGACUCCGGCGGCCGCGAGCGAGCGGCACGCCAUCUACGCCCUCGAUCCGACCCAGCUGGCCCAGAUGGCGUACAAGGACGCGGACGCCGCGCUGUCCUCCCAGCCGUCCCGCGCGGAGUCCGCGGAGCUCCUCCGGCUCAAGGCCGAGGCGCUGCUGCUGCGAGAGAAGCUCCCGGAGGCCGAGGACGCCUGCCUGGAGUGCCUGCGGACGCAGCCGGACGACCCCGGGGCGCUCGCGCUGCUCCGGGAGGUGUCGCAGGCGCUGGAGGACAACGAGGACGAGCCCGCGCAGGACGACGGGGGGGACAGCCCCGCCAGCCGGAGGUCGUCCCUCGUGCGGCGCAGCGCGAGCAAGCGCGCCGCGCUGAGCCGCUCGGACGAGCUCGAGUGCGUGCUGUGCUUCAAGCUCCUCUACGAGCCCGUCACCACCCCCUGCGGCCACAGCUUCUGCAAGCCGUGUCUCGCGCGGGCGCUGGACCACCGCUCGGCGUGUCCGCUGUGCCGCACGGUCAUGCACGCGGGCCGCGAGCUGCCAGUGACGUGCACGCUGGCCGCCGCGCUGAAGAGCUCGUUCCCGGAGGAGUACGAGGAGCGGCGGCGCGAGGAGCAGGUGCACGCGGCGGCGGCGGGCGACGGCGACGAGGCCGUGCUGCCGCUGUUCGUCAUGUCGCUGAUGCUGCCCUACGGCACCAUGAGCCUCAACAUCUUCGAGCCGCGGUACCGCCUCCUCGUGCGGCGCGUCAUGGAGGGCAACCGCCGGCUAGGCAUGGCGUGCGUCACGCGCAGCCACGAGCUCGUCCCCAUUGUCUGCGAGGCAGAAAUCACCAGCUGCUCCCCGCAGCCCGACGGGCGGUUCCACAUCGAGCUGCGCGGGACCCGCCGCGGCGAGGUGCUCGAGGCGUGGGAGACGGACGGCUACCGCGUGGCGCGCGUCAAGUUCCUGCGCGACGAGGCCGCGGGCGACAACGCGGCGAUCGCGCGCGAGGUCGACGAGAUGUCGCAGCACUGGAUGGAGAAGCUGCGCGAGUCCGCGGCGUCCGGCGGCUCGGGGUGCCCCUACACGGCGGCCAUGGCGGCGCGGGUCAGCACGAUGCUGCGGCGCGCGGGCGAGCGGCCGACGGACCCGGAGUCGCUGUCGUUCUUCAUCGCGGGCCUGCUCCCGCUGAACCCCUCGCAGGAGCUCAAAAUGCUGUCCACGCGCAGCACCAAGGCCCGCUUGGAGCUCCUUCGCAGCAUGCUCUCCACGGACGACCCGCACAACUCCCGCUGCUCCGUCAUGUAG